UGUGAUUGCUUGCAACUUCAACUUGCAAGUACAUUGGAGGAGCUUUGGAGGUCAACCCAAUCGGAGCUGCUAUCGGAGCCCAAACCAGGAACCCUGCAGUUUGUUCUACUAGUAGUAGUACAUGUAGAAAGGAGAAAUAAAUCGUCGGGUGAAGCGAUUGAGGGAGCUACCAAUACCGUACAGUACUGUGGCCAGAAGGAAACAAGAUGGCGGGUGGCAAUAGUGCUGCAUCCACGUCUGAACAAGGCGACGCCAAAGAUCACAUCGAGUCCUCUACAGGGAAAACUCCCGUCGAUGCUCCUGAGCAUGCAACUAAGGAGGAUGGAGAUAAUGAGAAAGACAGAACUGAUCCCUCGUCAUCCAUAAAAGCUGAUCCAUCAUCAUCCAAAGACCUCUGUUCCCCGGACGGCUUUAGGUUUCCACUAGGCCAAGUGAUUGUCACUACAGCCAGUCUACAGAAUUUUGCCUUGGGGUCACUGGACUCGUCUUCUAUAGAUGGAUCUCCAUUACUGCAGAUUCUCCAGCAAGACAUGGAACCCGUAUGGCAACAUCACGACCUUGUCGUUUCCAAAUGUGAAAAAGUUCCUAAAUCCAGACGCAAAAAGACGGAUUCGAUGAGGCUUCAGUGGAAAGAAGGAGUCGACAUGGACCAGAUCCAAUCUUUGCAAAACGACAUUCGUUCUGCCCUUCAAAGCAGACUCCCAGAACGAGCUCUGACGAUCGAACUGGUCCCCGAAAUCUAUCAAAUACGGUCACAGCCGGCCAUCCAAGCGCAUAGGCUGGUGGUCGAUACGGAUGUCAUUUCCCACUUUUUACGCAAAAGUCAACCCUCCAGCCCCACCCCACGCUGGAAAAAGCAGCAGGCCGUCUGUCACUGGCUCCUACACGAAUACACGGGACGCAAGUUGGUGUCCUGGCAAACCAAGGCGGAGCUUUACGCUUGGAUUACCUUGCGGUGUUUUCCUGAGGAACGUAUCCAGCAAUUGGAAACACUGUUGAACGAUCAUGACUUUGAAGUCAUGGAUCGACCCGAUUCCUUAACGUGUCUGCUGUGGGCUCAAUUGAUCAAUCACGGACGCAUCACUGGAAAGCCGGGUGGGGCACAGGAUGUGUGGGUUGCCGCCACGGCUCUGAGAAUGGGGGCAUCCGUCUGCACCUUCAAUGUCAAGGAUUAUGAGUAUUUGUUUGGGGUGAAAAUUGUUGACAAGGUGUUGGAAGACGACGACGAGGAGGAGGAGAAUGAAGAAAGUGUCACGGAGAGUGUUGGCAAGACCGGUGACGUUGGCGGAGCGUCCCCUGGGUCGGGGGACGCACAAACCAAAAAAGACAAGGAUGCUGCUGAGCAUGAAACGCAAGCUGUCACAGAUAUACUAAUUGAGCCGAGGAAAGAAGAGAAGAAUCCACUCUUCAUCCAGCAGCGUCUGAGAGAUCAGGAUUUUGGAACUCUCCGUUACAGCGAAUACACUACCACUGAUUGCUUUCAAAGUGUGGCAAAAACAAUAGACAUUCGACAAUCUACCAUACAUCCAGAACUCUUUCUAUUCAAUACCAAACAUCGAGACCGGGGUGCCUCAGAGCUGGAGUCGCAAUGCCGGGGGCUCAUUCUGGAUGCCAGUCAAAUGUGGAAUAUAGUCUGCUAUCCCCUGGAACAGUUUUUCAACCCUGGAGAAGCUUCUGGGCAUCAGGCGCUGAAGGAUUUUGAUUGGCCCAGCUGCCAAGUGUUUCCCAAAGAGGAUGGAUCACUCGUCAAUCUGUACUUUCACAAAGGGUCUUGGCAUGUCAGCACCCGAGGGCGACCCGAUGGAGACAGCCUUUUCGUGGAGAACUUGACUGUGUCGGAUGAAACACAAUACACAUUUCGCCAUUUGUUUUGGAAAACGUUUCACAAACUCGAGUACAAGGAACCGCAAAGGGACUACAAUGGGCUAUGCUUUUCCUUUGAGCUUGUCACCCCGGACAAUCGAGUGGUGGUGCCCGUCAUGACGGAGCGGUUGGUGCUCUUGACAGCACGAAAUUGCACAACGCAUCAAGAACUAACUCAUGCACAAGUCAAUGAAGUUGCUCAAAGGCACAACUGGCUGGCAAUCCAACCAGUCAACAAGCCUGAAGAUGGGAGUGCUCACUGGACACUUGUUGUAGUCCAGGACAUGGCCAGCAAGCUUUCUUGCACCAGAGGGGAAGGGUUUGUGUGCUGCGAUAAGGACUUUCGGAGACUCAAGGUCAAAAGCAGGAGCUAUGUCGCGGCAAGUAACAUGCCUCGACCAAACUGGGGAUUGCCCACCGAUUCUGCAAGUGCCAAGAAAGCUGUACAAGAGCUUCUACAGAAUCCCAAAUACAAGCAACGACAUCAAGUCCACGUACUCAAGUUGGUGCAGAACGGAGAGGACAAGGAAUUUGAGGUGUACUUCCCCGAGUGGGGGGCAGAAUUUCGAAGGAUGGCAUCCAGGGUCAAGAUCUUGGCAAACAAACUGGAGACUGCGUUGUCACAAAAGGAGCCGCAGGAUGAGCAGUCGUCCAAGUCUCUAUCCCAGUUACGAGAGUAUAUAAAGAAGACCUCCCUUAAUGAUAGGCAAGGAGAAGCAUCGCCGUCAAUCCUGACGUUCCUGGAGCAACAAAAGCCCACGCAUGUGCUACAGAUGUUUGAGGAUUGGGAAGUCCCAGACGGGUUCUCGGGAACGGAAACAACACAACAGCAGGGUCGGUCGACCUUUGUUGAACGCUUGCUGUUGCUUAUAAUAGCAUGGGCGAGUCAGUUCUGGGUGGUUUUAGGCCAGUUGAAGCCAGUCACGCAGUCGCUAGUCAAUGCAAAGAUUGCCAAACAGCGCAGCAGGUUUGAAGUAGACCAAGAACUCGCACUGCUGAACAAAGAACAAUUUGGGGGCUUCUACAAUGCCGAAGCACUGGGGCAAAUAAUGGUGUUGGAAGAGUUCCUUCGGUUGCUUUACCAGGACCAAGUCAACCGCGAGUUGCUGGUGCUGCUGGGCUCCAUUCUUACACGACAAUUCAUAAUGCCCGUAAAUCGGAGUUCCUCCGAUUUGGACUUCAUGGCCCGCUUUCCUUGGAAUUCGGAUAACCCUGUGGACAGUGUUGUCAGUCGGCUACGGAGUGUCGUGGCCCGGUCCGAAACGUCAACGAGCCUGGUCAGGUUCGACCUUUCGCAACCAAUCGAGGGAUUCGUUCAUUGGGAGGACACUGAUCAGCCAGGGGUCAAGUGUACCCUCAAGAACUGUACAGUGUUCGGGGGGUGGUCUUGCGACAUCUCGAUUGAUGUUGCUUUCGGGGAUCCUAUGAUGCCAAUGCCAUUCUGGCUGGAUUACAGACCUCUCCCGCCCAUUUUCGACGAGAACCAUGGCCAAGAUGCGAUACGGACACUCGCAAUUCGUCCUGAGUUGUUGUUUGCAUGGAAGCUGCAUGGUCUCUUCGAACACAACACAGUUGAUGAGCUCGGGCGUGAUGUACAAGGGAGGUGGAGAGCGAAGGACCUCUUCGACUUGUGGCUCAUGACAAAAUUCAUGCGAGCUGAGCUCAACUUUGACGUCAGCAAGCUUCCUAUUUCCAUUGAUGUUGCGUUUGCAGCCCGACAGCAGAGCUCAGCUCGUCUAUUGACAAAGCUAUUGGAAAGGCGCUUUGGCGCAAGCAGGUCUUCUCAACGAUUGUGGAGAAGCUUUCGGAAGAAGUACCCAAAUCCGGAUGAAAUCCCAGUGCAGCUUCAUCAGGUUGUCGGAGAUGUUGCCGACUUCCUUUCACCGCUUCUCCACGCUGAAGGACUCACAAGACUCUUGAGUGCCCCGGCUGAUUCGACUGAUAACAACAGCAUUCAUCAUAAGCCCGUGAUCAAAAACAAUGACAGUCGCCUCAAGGCGAUCAAAAAGCGUGACGAAGGAUCCAUGGUUGUUCCACUACCGGGACUCUACAAUGUUUUCAGGACGAAUCAGAGAGUCGACUUUCAUGCCGGUGACGACGGGACAAGGGAAGAUUCAAUCAAAAUCAUUGAAGUUCUUGAUAGUAUUUUUGGGACAAGUGCUUCGGGCACCAAGGACCGAAAAGUUCAUGAAUCUCACCUGUCUACAGUGAGGUUCCUUGGUAGAGAAGAGGAGUUCGAAGUCGUCAUGAUUGCUCCGCCUAAAACAACCAACAAACUGUUACCCGAGGGCAGAGGCAAGAUUGAAGUGGUGAUACCAGGAUACCUCCAGCUUAGGCAAUGCCCAGGUUUCACCGCACGAGCUUGCGCUGGGCAAGCUAUUGUCAGGCGGGAUCGUGUUGGUGACAGCCACACAAACGCUACCGGUGCUUCAUCUGGCACUCCUUUCAACGAGACAACUCCCACCACUCAACCCAUUCUUCAACUGAAUGACGACGACAAGGCCGUGGUCCAAAAACUCAGAGAAAGCGAACUGUUGCACGGACAAGCCUUGGCUCGUCGCUUACAAGCCAUUCAACCCAUGACCAACAUCGCGUACGUGACGUCCUCGUCAGAGAAGUUCUAUGAGGCAGUGAGGUGUCUGGCAGAGUACCAGCAGCAUAUCACUCAUGUUCCUGAUAUCAAGCCGCCCUUUACAAGUCGAAUCGAUCCGGAAAAGCUCGUCGAACGCAUGGCUCGGUAUUGCUAUUCCAUUCUUGGAUAUCCAUGCUUUUGCGACAUUACUUGGUUGGAAAUCGAAGGGCCCUCAGGCGUUACUCGAUUCUUUCCCCAAGGAGACGACAACGAGUCCUCUCUCAUUUGCGCCACUGACUUUGCCACUGAUGAGUUUGUUGACAGUAUUGGACGGCCCACCAGCUUCGACCUCGAAAGUCAUAUGGGGAAACAAGCGAGCAUCUGUGCACUGGUUGCAUUCUGUUCGCCUCCCAUCAGUUCCAAGAGCUCUGGUGGCGGAGAGCCGAUUGUUCGAGUGUAUGACGGGAACUUGGAUGGGAGCAUAAUUAUUGGGGACGACAAGGAACGUUUGGCCUUGCCUUCUGUCGCUCUCCGAGAAAGGCAACGAUCAACCGUGGAAACCAAAUUUUGGAAUAAGAUUUUCAUACCCCAAGGAUACAAGGCACCAAUCAGCCACCUCGGAAACUCUGCUUUUUGCCUCGGCGCUCGCCACCUGCCGUUCCUUGAGCUUGCGCAGAACUUGCGUAAUCAUGAUGCUGGUUCUGUAUUUGAAGUGCACGUGACGGUGGAGACACCGGAGAGCGAAGGCGACGGCGACAUCGACCCUGUGGACUCGUUCGCGAAAGUGUGCGAGGAGGUUGGAAAUGAGAUUGACAAAUGGUACAGGCAGGCAUUGGGGAAGGAGGAUCAGUGGUCCAAGCGCACAACGCUCAAGCCAGUGCUCAUAGAAAACUCCAGUGGCGAAACUCCCAACCAAAUGAUGACUGCGUCUCACCACGCGGGAACGCUGGAAGAAGUUCACGUAACUGCAUUCCGCAUAUCUCAGGAACUGGCCAAACAAGGCUACACCAUACUGCGUACCAAGAUUGAAGCUCUGAUGAGCGGCAAGGGAAUUCCCCUUAGCGACUCUGAAGCGCAGCUCUUGUCCCCCGAGAACUAUUUUGAGUUCCACAUCAAGCUUCGACUACCACCCGACUGCGACAACGACCUGCUGAACGAGAUUGUAAAGCAACACAACGCCCGUAUGUCUCGCAAUCCCAUGCAAAGUCUCCCCAAUGGUUGGCAGAAGCGGUUUGUCAAUAUCCGCAUGUACUCCGUUGGGAAAGAGACUGCCGUUGCUCGUCUGGAUGACUGCAUUGCAGCCUUGCGAUCCAAUGGAUUUGCCAUUGAUCGAGUUAUUCGAGAGUACUCGGUGUACGAUUCCAAUGUUUCCUUGGACAAGGGUUGGAUCGACAAGCACAAUGUCUCAGUUGAACAAGUCCAACAGCAAUAGGGGUCUUUCGUGUGGCCUGGCGUAGGCCGAGAUCUCAGGCACGACCCUAGACUGCAAACACCAGCAAGGGUGAUAUCGGUAUCCAAAGAUGUCUCUCAAGCUAUUGCUACUAGAGCAUCAGCAAGUGAACAGGAUCACCUUUCCUUCCAAAUAGUAAAAGUUAAGGCAUCAUGACGUUCCUACUAGCUAGUGGCUUUGCUAUGCACACAAUUACUCCAUCCAAAUCAUUUUCGUUUUUGUCGCGUUAUCCGUUGUUCGUUUGCCACACAAUCGCAGACACUCUAGUCCUAUUUUCCCGUUCUGUUACUGGCCCAGAAUCUGGGCCCCCAAGUUGACACGCUCGGCAAGACUGGGUCCGCUGACACCACCAUCAGCACGCAAUCCAUGAUCGGCCUCAACAACAGCCGCAGCUUCCGCUCCCAUGGCAACUCGUUCGGCCAAUGUCAAUCCGCCCACCCCACCAUCACUGCGAAGUCCAUGAUCGGCCUCUUCUACUUUGGUGGCCAUUUCCGCUGGCGACUCCAUGGGCUGUUCAGGUGCCGGUUCGAGUUGUGUCACGGGAGGUGCUGGAACCGGGGGCUGUUGCUGUGCAAGGUAGUAGACACGUUGGAGUUCCAAGUCUCCCCAACGUGAUUUUCCUGCCAUGGCCGAAGCGGCCACACGUUGAUUGCGUAAGCUGUACAAGACCGUAUUGGGUGGAACUGGUGGGGCCACCUCAUUGAUGGCGGGUGGGGCUGCUUCUGCAGGUGGUGCAUUGGCAGGUGGAACUUCCGCUUGUUGUUUGAGAGAGGCAAAAAUGGCCUCUUGGGCUUUUUGAGUUUCCUUGUCUCCCCAGCGAGAUUUUCCGGCGGUAGCAGCAGCUGCCACAGCUUCGGUUCGUUGGGCAUAAAAUAGUUGGGCAGGAGUCUCCGUCGUGCUAGGAGGCGCCGUGACAUCGUUCAUGGCUGGAAUGACAUUGGGUUCCGGAGCUGCUGGCUCGGGGGCUUCUGGUUCUGUAGCUGCUGGUUGGGGGGCUUCUGGCUCUGUAGCUGCCUCUGGCUCUGUAGCUUCUGGGUCUUUAGCUGCUGGGUCUUUAGCUGCUGGCUUGGGUGCUGCAUCCAUGGCUUCCUUGUAUUUCUUUUCCACAGCAUCCAACACCUCCUGAACUGCUUUUUGUUUUUGUUCCUGAGCACUCACAAUGUAGUUGGCCAUCCAAUUUUGGUAUUGCCCGACAGCUGCAAUGAGUUGUUCCUUGGAGAGGUUUUCCAAGUUGGGAUCCACCACAGGUGCUACAUCCAAAGCAGCUGGUGGGGGUGGUGGGGCGGCCAUUCCCUGCUGAGCUUCCGCCAAUUGUGUCUUUAAAGCUUUAAUUUCGGCAUUUUUCGUGUCUUCUGCUGCCUUGACAGCUUUCAAUUUUUCUUCAUGGGCUUUGGCCAUGUAUUCCAUCAAUACAAACGGAGAAUCGGCAGGUGGAGGUGGAUUGGCGUCGGCCACCAUGCCUUCGAACUUUUGGGCUGCAGCCAGUUGCACUUUGAGCGCUUGAAUCUCAGCAUUUUUCUUAUCUUCGGCUGCCUUGAUGGCCUUUAGCUUUUCUUCGUGAGCCUUGGCCAAAUAUUCGCUCAGAACAGCGGCACGCUGCUCUUGUGGUGUAGACAUGGAGAGACUACAUGUAGUGGAAGAAUGGUGGAUAUCGCUGGCAGUGGGCGGUACCACAAAUCCUGCCACACAGGAAUGCGACAUCAUGCUGACGCCCAGUAGAAAGGAGCCAACGGCAAAGGAUGAGAACCUCAUGUUGCAACACAGAUCUUGGUUGAUUGCUACAAAGUCAGAUUGGACAAAAGUAUGGGGAAUGCGGAGAAGAAAGCAUAGGAGAAGAGCUCCAAAGGGCUCUCUCUCUCGAGAUCGAGGGGAAUAGGCGAAUAGCCACAGCCUUAACAAAGUUACUCUUUCUAAAGAAACAAGAAUCGCCCUUCAAUCCACAACAAAUUCAACCAAAAGAUCCGUGGGAAGCCCAAAACAUAACAAUAAUAAUUUACCGGUAAAACACGGGCGCCCAACUUCAGGGCUGCUCGACCACUUCGAGCGCGGGCAAUAAUUGCCAGCUUUGAAAGCUUAAUAGCAUCGGCUCGCACAGGCACCAUCC